AUGUCAGUGGUAGGAUUUGAUGUCGGAUUUCAGAGCUGCUAUGUUGCUGUAGCCCGAGCCGGGGGAAUAGAAACCAUUGCAAACGAGUACAGCGACCGGUCCACACCGUCAUGUGUGUCCUUUGGAUCCCGGAAUCGCUCUAUAGGAGCUGCUGCCAAAAGCCAGAUUGUCACACAUUAUAAGAACACGGUCCAAGGUUUCAAGAAAUUCCAUGGCAGGGCGUAUUCUGAUCCGUACAUACAGUCCUGCAAAUCAAGCCUUGUCUACGAUCUUGUCCAGAUGCCGACGGGGACAACCGGCAUUAAGGUUAUGUACAUGGAGGAGGAGAAAGUUUUCAGUAUUGAGCAAGUCAGCGCCAUGUUGCUGACCAAACUGAAGGAGACGGCUGAGAGCGCACUGAAGAAGCCUGUGGCUGACUGUGUCAUUUCUGUUCCGUGCUUCUACACCGAUGCAGAACGGAGAUCCGUGGUGGAUGCUGCACAGAUCGCUGGACUCAACUGCCUACGACUUAUGAAUGAGACCACAGCAGUGGCCCUGGCUUAUGGGAUUUAUAAGCAGGAUCUUCCUGCUCCGGAAGAAAAGCCGAGGACAGUGGUGUUCGUGGACCUCGGCCACUCCGGGUACCAAGUGUCGGCAUGCGCGUUCAACAAGGGAAAGCUCAAGGUGCUCGCUACGGCGUUUGACCCGCAGUUGGGUGGGAAGGACUUCGACGAGAUGCUGGUGAAUCACUUCUGUGAACAGUUUGCUAAGAAGUAUAAGCUUGAUGUUAAGUCCAAGCCGAGGGCGUUGGUCCGGCUUUACCAGGAGUGUGAGAAGCUCAAAAAACUGAUGAGUGCCAAUUCCUCCGACCUGCCUCUCAACAUCGAGUGCUUCAUGAAUGACAUAGACGUCUCUGGGGUUCUUAAUAGAGGCCAGUUUGAGGAUAUGUGUGCGGAUAUUUUGUCCAGAUUUGAGGCUCCCCUGCGGAGCAUCUUGGAGCAAGCGAAGCUGAAGAAGGAAGACAUUUAUGCGGUCGAGAUUGUGGGCGGAGCCUCAAGGACCCCCGCUGUCAAAGAGAGGGUCAGCAAGUUCUUCGGGAAAGAGCUGAGCACCACCCUGAAUGCGGACGAGGCUGUGACCAGAGGCUGCGCCCUUCAGUGUGCCAUCCUGUCCCCUGCAUUCAAAGUGCGCGAGUUCUCCAUCACAGAUGUGGUUCCUUACGCUAUUUCCCUGAAGUGGAACUCUGCAGCAGAGGAAGGCUUGAGUGAUUGUGAGGUGUUCCCGAAGAACCACGCGGCACCGUUCUCCAAAGUGCUGACGUUUUACCGCAAGGAGCCCUUCACUUUGGAGGCCUACUACAGCUCCCCGAAGGAGCUCCCCUACCCAGAUCCCACCAUAGGUCAGUUUAUGAUCCAGAAAGUGGUGCCGCAGGCUUCCGGCGAGAGCUCCAAGGUGAAGGUGAAGGUUCGGGUCAACAUCCACGGGGUCUUCAGCGUGUCCAGCGCCUCCCUGGUAGAGGUCCAGAAGUCGGCUGAGGUAGAGGAGCCCAUGGAGACGGAGCAGGCUGCAAAAGAAGACGAGAACAAGAUGCAAGUUGACCAAGACGAACACAAAGCUGAAGGCGACGGGCAGAAAGAAAACACAGAGAAAAAGUCCGAAUCAGAGGAAAUGGAGACUUCCUCUGAAGACAGCAAACAGGAAAAGAAGAAUGAUCAGCCUCCGCAGGCAAAGAAACCCAAAGUUAAAACAAAGACGGUUGAUCUUCCCAUUGAGAACAGUCUUCAGUGGCAGCUUGCAAACGACAUGCUCAAUCUCUUUGUGGAGAACGAGGGCAAAAUGAUAAUGCAGGACAAGCUGGAGAAGGAGAGGAACGACGCGAAGAACUGCGUGGAGGAGUAUGUGUACGAGAUGAGGGACAAGCUCCAUGGAGCGCUGGAGAAGUUUGUCAGCGAGGAGGAACGGGAUGCAUUAUCCUUAAAGCUCGAGGAUACGGAGAACUGGCUAUAUGAAGACGGGGAGGACCAGCAGAAACAAGUGUACAUUGAUAAACUAGGUGAACUGAAGAAACUUGGCCAGCCAAUCCAAGAGAGGUUCUUGGAAUCCGAGGAGAGACCAAAAGCCUUUGAGGAGCUCGGGAAACAAAUCCAGCAAUACAUGAAAUUCGUGGAAGCUUUCAAAACUAAGGAUGAGCAGUACGACCACCUGGACGAGGAGGAAGUCGGUAAAGUCGACAAGUUGGUGAACGAGGCCAUGAUCUGGAUGAAUAACAAAAUGAACGAGCAGAACAAACAGUCCCUGAUGGUCGACCCUGUAAUAAAGUACAAGGAUAUCCAGGCAAAAACAAAGGAGCUAGUUUCCACCUGCAACCCCGUCGUAACAAAACCCAAGCCCAAAGUGGAGCCGCCCAAAGAGGAGAAGGCGCCGGAGCAGAACGGGCCGGUGAACGGACAGGACAAGCCUCAGGGGGAGGCCGACGCCACUAGCCCCGAGACGGGCACGACGGAGAGCGCCGGCCAGCCCGCCGCCGGCUCCACAGACGGCAAGCUGCCCGAGAUGGAUAUCGACUAACCGCUGCUCGGGCUUGCGGACCCUCUCCUGUACGCUGACGUGUUAAGAUGAUCGCCCUCUGACCAUUACAGGCUGUUUGACAUGUCCCAAAAAGUGCUCGGUCUGCCUUUGACACCUGAUUGAAUGAACUGAACGCGUAUCGUUCGACCUGUUGUGAGGGUAAGGUCCUAGGUAAGAAUUAAAAAAAUAAAAAUUGCUCGCUGUGUCAAUGGCACAUCUCGGUCUUAGGAACCUGUCUGUAGCUCACUUACUUCAUUUCCACUAAGAAUGUCAGCCCUAAAUGUAAAGAGUAAAAUAUACUCGGGGGGGGGGGUCUUUUUUUUCCCCAAAUGUGUUGUGUGGAUGGAAAUAAUGUUCCCGGUUGUCUUUCUUGAAAGAUUGUUUAUUACAGCGUUUCCCUCUCCCAAGACACGACUGGUAUUUCUGUUGUAUUUGCAGAACAAAUAUAUAAAAAUUGUUCUCUGCCUUUCAGUCAAGUGUUUUUUUUUUUUAUUAUUAUUAUUUUUAAGCACUGAAGAUGACGAGCAUGAUAAUUUUGAAAGAGCAGGAUUAUUAUUUUUGGAACAUUAUUCAGAAUUCAAGUUUUAAUAAAGAAUCCACUCGAACACUUAAAUCAGGAGGACAUGGUCAGUGGCGUUCCGAGUUGUUAUAGAGCAGUGUUUUCCAGCCGGGUCCCCAGGGACCCCUAGACAGUCCAUAUUUUUGCUCCCUCCCAGCUCCCUGCCAUAUAGUCCAUUCUUGCCACCUAAGUUGGAGCUGGGAGGGAGCAAAAAUGUGGACUGUCUACGGAUCCCCGAGGACUGGAAUGGGGGAACACUGCUGUAGGGGCAUAGUGCAGUUUGACUCUGCCAUUGCUACAAGUCACCUAUUAAUGAUCUAGCGGCACUAACCCUGUUCACUUACUUGGUGGGUCUUUCUAUCUUUACUGCACUCUGACAGAGUAUGUAGGCUAUUUAACGCAGGAAAGCAGCGAAUGGAUUGUUGCCUAUUAAAGCGACACACUUUUAUCCACAUGUGUAGAUGGUUGUUUCUUUGCAGUGAUUGGAGUUUUAAGUACAACCGCAGAGUACAACCUGAUGUGCUUGUUUGAUUGUGUGACAUGAAUAAUAAAAUACUCCAUUUGUAUAAUGA